AUGUUAAGCGGUAGCGCCGCUACCGCUGCUCGACGCCGGCUGCGGCCGGCGGCAUGCCUGGCGCGCGGCGUGGCGUCCAGUGCCGCCGCAGACGCCCCAGAGGAGGAAGGCGUGCUCACGCGCGAGUUCAUCUACGCGUCGCUCUACGCCAAGGAGGCCGGCUACUUCACGACGGCGCAGCGCGAGGUGCUGCACGCGCCAGCGCAGGGCAUCGACUUCGGCAACCUCUGGGGCGCCGGCGAGUACCGCAACGUCGUCGCGCAGCUGUACAAGGAGAGCCCCGAGGCGUGGCUCACGCCCGUGGAGGUCUUCGCGCCGCACUACUCGCAGGCGCUGGCGCGCUACAUGCUCAGCUCGCCCUUCCUGCGCCAGGACCAGCUCGAGAUCUUCGAGAUCGGCGGUGGCUCCGGGUCCAACGCGCUGCACAUUCUCGACUUCCUGCAGCAGCAGGCGCCCGACGUGUACGCCAAGACCAAGUACACGCUCAUCGAGAUCAGCCCCGUGAUGGCCGAGCGGCAGCGCAAGCGCGUCGAGGCCGCGCACCCGCAGCAGUGCACGGUGCUCAACCAGGACAUCCUGACCUUCGCGGACACGCACGCGCCCGUCAACUCGCAGUGCUUCUUCCUGGCGCUCGAGGUGCUGGACAACCUGCCGCACGACAAGGUCACGCUGCAGAACGGCAAGUGGUUCGAGACCGUCGUGCUGAUGCAGCAGCAGGGCGAGAGUGAGACCGACGCGACGCCGCUGCUGCGCGAGGCCACGCGCCCCGUCAAGGACAUGCUCAUCCGCCAGACGCUGCGCUACUUUGGGUGCGAGCUGCCGCUGCGCGUGUCGUACAAGAACAACAGUGGGCUGGCCCAACGCGUGCGCCGCAUGCUGGGCAAGGACGACCCAGUGCUCCACUCAGCCUUCGUCCCCACGGGCGCCAUGCAGCUGCUGAACACGCUGCGCACGGCCUUCCCGAAGCACCACUUGAUCGCAGCCGAUUUCGACUCCCUACCGGCGCCCAACCUGGACGACAAGUCGCCGAUCAAAGCUAUCGAGCACCCGCUAAGCCCCACGGCGACGUCGUCCGGCACGCUUUUCGCUGGCAACGCACCCCUUGUCGCGUCGAAGGUUACAGGUGAGACCAAGGACCACGACACGUACUUGGUGCAGGGUGGAAUCGCCGAUAUUUUCUUUACCACGGACUUUGAGCGACUCAAGAAGGCGUACUGCUCCGCGCUCCAGCGCGAGUCGGAUGAGACUAUCACUAGAUACAAUCCGCUGCUAGAGGAUUACUCCAACACGAGCUUCAUCUUGUCGUAA